AUGGCACCUGCGCAUUCCGGGUUGCAGAGGGCUACGAAGGUGAACGGGCAAAAUCUGCCGACCCUUCUUGAGAGUCGAAUGGCAUUCCGAGGCACUCCACAGCGCAAGGUGGAGAAACAAAUGAUGAAUGUCAAAAUCGACAAAGCCAUGGGAAUCUUGGGCACAGACAGCCACCGCUUGCACCCCUUCUGCGUCAGUGCCUACUACGCAGGUGAGGCGCCGGAGGUCGUGGAAGCGCGGAAGACUUGGUUCGUCCCCGGUGCCCGAAGUGCCAUCCCAGGUCACGAGGACUGUUAUUUCUUUAAGACCAUCGAAAUUCCCUAUGACAAGAGACAGCAACUCUUGGUGGUGGAUAUCUUCGAGUGUGAGCCAACACCGAAGAUGGAUAUCCCCGAUGAUCUCAUCGGAAGGGCCACCAUACCACUGGCAGAUCCACGACUGGAACAGCCAGCGGAGUGGCCAUUGGCACGUGGCCCCUGGGAGUUCGUGGGCUCGGUCACUGUGAGCGUGGAAUUUCCAGCUCCAGAGGACAAAGUCUGGCCCCUGCCAGACAUCAGGGACUUUCCUGAACCGGUCUCCCCGCGCGACUUCGCCAGAUCCAAAGACAAAGGUGGAAUUAAUAUGUCGCCGUUUGACCAACCUCGAACGGUUUCCACUUUGAAAUCGAGUGGAGGAGGUGGUAUUGAUAUGUCACCGUUUGACCAACCACGGUCACGAUCAAAUUCGAAGUCAAGUAGCGGCAGUUCCCCCACUCCGGUGUGGGUCCCGGUGCUGAACGGCCCUGGCGGUUUCGGGUUGAACCCGAAGGUCGACAACAUUUGGACCUUUGACUCUGGCUGUGGAGGUCCUGUGAAAGGUGGGACAAUGAGCCCCCUGCCCAGUUUCUCGCCCGAGUGGUUCACAGCGAAAUUGCCGCCGGGAACCCCUGCGCCCCGCCCGCUGCCGCCAUCGGCCUUCCAGCCUCCUCCAGUACCACCCGGGCUGAUGGCCCAGAUUCCCGUCCUCGCGACGGUGCCGCCCGCGGUUGCCGCAAUGGUCGUCGAGGCCCUCCGGGCACCGCCUCUCACCACGGCCACGAUGCCGGCACCACCUGCGUCGGUGCUGCAAGCAGGGCCCUUGCCCUACUUGCCCUCAACUGCUCCGCUGUAUUAUGGAGGCUAUCCCUGGGGAUUCAUGGUCAGAGGUGAAGUGGUCAGGUCUUCCAUGCUCCAGUGGCACGCGGCAGAAACAUGUGCUGUGUGGCCCACUGAGCAAGGUGCGAAAUGCUCCGCCCACGGUAGAAACAUGUACCGUGUGGCUCCACUGCCACAGACUGGCCUCAGAGUCAGAGAGGCAGCCUUUGAUCCUGGUACCCGUGAUUCGUUGCAGGUUAUGCAGGGCGACCAGGGUCAACGGGCCUUGCUUCUUCCAAUCUCCCAGAGAAAGUCAGCGCAACGAAAGGCGGAACUGGCGAACGAGAUCCUGGGCAUGGCGGGGCUCCCCAAGGCUGAGGGCUGUCAGUUGGAAUCCAUAAAGGCGAUUGGAUCUUGCAACGACCAGGAGAAGCCCAAGAGGUCAUUGAAGCGAGGAAAACUUCCUUUGUUCCUGGGAAAAAGAGUGCACCUGGGUCGCGCCGUGAGGCAGCAGCUGUUGCAUGUGGACAUCUUCGAAGUACAAGUGCCACUGCAGAUGGAGUUUGAAGAUGAGUGGGUUGGAAGGGCGACCCUGCAGCUGGCCGAUCCCAGAGUGGAAGAGCCAGCAGAAUAUGAGCUGACCCGCGGCCCUUUUGAGUACGGGGGCACGGUGACGGUGAGUGUCAAAUUUCCGGAUCCGGAGGCACGCUUUGCUGCAGUGCUCUUCUGUCCAAAUGUGCAGAUAGUGAACAGUAGUCAGGAUAUGAGUAGUAGGCAGGGACUCAAGGAUGCUCAGUUGGCCAUGGCCAAAGUCGAAGCUCAGGUUGAAGCUCACCCACUACCCGACGUACGUGAAUAUGCCAACUCCAAAACGAUGGGCACAGACGCAGGCAAAUCACCGCAGCCCGUUUGGGUGCCGGAGAUCAAGGGUCCUGGCGGCUCCGGUCCCUCGGCUCAGCUGCGCAACUCGCCCAAGCUGUGUCCCUCCAUGUUUCAAAUGACGUGGGAGAAGAGCCUAAAGUGCCUAAAAGAGUGGUCAUACACCGUGGUGAAGAGUGAAAACAAGUCUACCUAUCGUUUGCUUCCGGGCCGUCGCCUCAGAGUCAGAGAGGCAGCCUUUGAUGGUACCCGUGAUUCGUUGCAGGUUAUGCAGGGCAACCAGGGUCAACGGGCAACUGCCGACACUUCUGGGGAAACUUGCCUUGCUUCUUCCAAUUUCCCGGAGAAAGUCAGCGCAACGAAAGGCCCAUUGCGAGCUUCCGAGCGAAAGUACUUGGAAGUCCGAGUGGACAAAGUGAGAGCGAACGAGAUCCUGGAUGGCCCAGAUUCCGGUGCUGGCGACGGUGCCGCCUGCGGUUGCCGCAAUGGUCGUCGAGGCCCUGCGGGCACCGCCUCUGACCACGGCCACGAUGCCGGCACCUCCUGCCUCGGUGCUGCAAGCAGGGCCCUUGCCCUACUUGCCUUCAAUUGCUCCUCCGUACUGUGGAGGUCCGAAUCUGUCGGGAUUUGUUCCCCCAACAGCACUUCUGUGCAACUCCUGACGAAACGCAGGGAACCUAGUACUCAGGUUAUGCAGGGCGACCAGGGUCAACGGUCAACUGCCGACACUUCUGGGGAAACUUGCCUUGCUUCUUCCAAUUUCCCGGAGAAAGUCAGCGCAACCAAAGGCCCAUUGCGAGCUUCCGAGCGAAAGUACUUGGAAGUCCGAGUGGACAAAGCGAACGAGAUCCUGGGCAUGGACAACUUCCGGCUGCACCCUUUCUGCGUGAGUGCCUAUUACCCAGGAGAAGCCCAAGAGGUCAUUGAAGCGAGGAAAACUUCCUUUGUUCCUGGGAAAAAGAGUGCACCUGGGUCGCGCCGUGAGGAUUGUUUCUUUUUUGAAACGAUCCGGAUUCCGUUCAACCCAAGGCAGCAGCUGUUGCAUGUGGACAUCUUCGAAGUACAAGUGCCACUGCAGAUGGAGUUUGAAGAUGAGUGGGUUGGAAGGGCGACCCUGCAGCUGGCCGAUCCCAGAGUGGAAGAGCCAGCAGAAUAUGAGCUGACCCGCGGCCCUUUUGAGUACGGGGGCACGGUGACGGUGAGUGUCAAAUUUCCGGAUCCGGAGGUUGAAGCUCACCCACUACCCGACGUACGAGACUUCCCAAAGCCAGUCUCCCCACGUGAAUAUGCCAACUCCAAAACGAUGGGCACAGACGCAGGUGGGAUCGACAUGAGCCCUUUCGAUAUACCGCGCAAAGGGUCCGGGUCGAGCUCAAAUUCAACUGGCCAAGGCAAAUCACCGCAGCCCGUUUGGGUGCCGGAGAUCAAGGGUCCUGGCGGCUCCGGUCCCUCGGCUCAGCUGCGCAACUCGCCCAAGCUGUGUCCUGUGAAAGGUGGGACAAUGAGCCCCCUUCCCAGCUUCCCUCCACAGUGGUUCACGGCGAAGUUGCCACCCGGAACGCCACACCCGCGUCCACUGCCGCCAUCGGCCUUCCAGCCUCCCCCAGUGCCGCCCGAGCUGAUGGCCCAGAUUCCCGUCCUCGCGACGGUGCCGCCCGCCGUUGCUGCAAUGGUCGUGCAGGCCCUGCGGGCGCCGCCUCUGACCACGGCCACGAUGCCGGCGCCUCCUGCGUCGGUGCUGCUUGCAGGGCCCUUGCCCUACUUGCCCUCAAUUGCUCCUCCGUACUGUGGAGGCUAUCCCCGGGGAUUCAUGGUCAGAGGUGAAGUGCCAGGUCUUCCCUGCUCCAGUGGCACGUGGCAGAAACAUGUGCUGUGUGGCCCACUGAGCAAGGUGGGAGAAGAGCCUAAAGUGCCAUCGGAAAUUCACUGCGGUUGUGCUGUUCAAAUAGCACAGGUUAUGCAGGGCAACCAGGGUCAACGGGCAACUGCCGACACUUCUGGGGAAACUUGCCUUGCUUCUUCCAAUUUCCCGGAGAAAGUCAGCGCAACCAAAGGCCCAUUGCGAGCUUCCGAGCGAAAGUACUUGGAAGUCCGAAUGGACAAAGCGAACGAGAUCCUGGAUGGCCCAGAUUCCGGUGCUGGCGACGGCACUUCUGUGCAACUCCCGACGAAACGCAGGGAACCUAGUACUCAGGUUAUGCAGGGCGACCAGGGUCAACAGUCAACUGCCGACACUUCUGGGGAAACUUGCCUUGCUUCUUCCAAUCUCCCAGAGAAAGUCAGCGCAACGAAAGGCCCAUUGCGAGCUUCCGAGCGAAAGUACUUGGAAGUCCGAGUGGACAAAGUGAGAGCGAACGAGAUCCUGGGCAUGGCGGGGCUCCCUAAGGCCGAUGGCUGUCAGUUCCAUAAAGGCGACUGGAUCUUGCAACGACCAGGACAACUUCCGGCUGCACCCUUUCUGCGUCAGAAGCUGAAGAGCUGCGAGAAGCCCAAGAGGUCAUUGAAGCGAGGAAAACUUCCUUUGUUCCUGGGAAAAAGAGUGCACCUGGGUCGCGCCGUGAGGCAGCAGCUGUUGCAUGUGGACAUCUUCGAAGUACAAGUGCCACUGCAGAUGGAGUUUGAAGAUGAGUGGGUUGGAAGGGCGACCCUGCAGCUGGCCGAUCCCAGAGUGGAAGAGCCAGCAGAAUAUGAGCUGACCCGCGGCCCUUUUGAGUACGGGGGCACGUCAGCACGCUUUGCUGCAGUGCUCUUCUGUCCAAAUGUGCAGAUAGUGAACAGUAGUCAGGAUAUGAGUAGUAGGCAGGGACUCAAGGAUGCUCAGUUGGCCAUGGCCAAAGUCGAAGCUCAGGUUGAAGCUCACCCACUACCCGACGUACGUGAAUAUGCCAACUCCAAAACGAUGGGCACAGACGCAGGUGGGAUCGACAUGAGCCCUUUCGAUAUACCGCGCAAAGGGUCCGGGUUGAGCUCAAAUUCAACUGGCCAAGGCAAAUCGCCGCAGCCCGUUUGGGUGCCGGAGAUCAAGGGUCCUGGCGGCUCCGGCUUUGGCCUCGAUCCGAAGAUCGAUAACAUUUGGAAGUUCAACACAGGUCCUGCGAAAGGUGGGACAAUGAGCCCCCUGCCCAGUUUCUCGCCCGAGUGGUUCACGGCGAAGUUGCCACCCGGAACCCCUGCGCCCCGCCCGCUACCGCCAUCGGCCUUCCAGCCUCCCCCAGUCCCACCCGGGCUGAUGGCCCAGAUUCCGGUGCUGGCGACGGUGCCGCCCGCGGUUGCCGCAAUGGUCGUGCAGGCCCUGCGGGCACCGCCUCUGACCACGGCCACGAUGCCGGCACCACCUGCGUCGGUGCUGCAAGCAGGGCCCUUGCCCUACUUGCCCAGUACACCAAUGGCCGCGCAGCUCUAUGGAGGCGCUCCGAAUCUGUCGGCAUUUGUUGCCCCAACGGUGUUCAAUGCUCCAGUGGCGCAUGGCAGAAACAUGUGCUGUGUGGCCCGCUGA